UCCCUGCAUUGGCCUCUUGCUCCCCACGCCUUGUGCGCCGUGGACGAGAUCAUAUAAAUGCGCCACAGUCAGCUGUGUUGGUGGACCGAGGGGCAGACAGAAAACAACUGUGCGCAGGCAACAUGACUUCAUCAGUGUGGGGACUGCUCGGUUUCAUUGGCAUCCUGGUAUCGGGAACUCUGGGAGCUUUCCCCCAGUUUGGGUCACACGACCGGCAGAUUCACUCAAUUAGGCCUUUAAGCGUGUCCCCGCAAGUCCCCCCGAGGGUCAACCAGCGUUUCGGAGAUAUCAAAUCUAUUGAGCAAACCUCUGACGAAGAACCAAGUUCUGAAAGUUUUCAAGAGGUCCAGCUGGGUGAUUAUGGUGUCCGAGGCUUCCAGCAGCCGCAGCAGGGGGCCCGACCAGGUGCCAGCAGCUACCAGAAUCAGGGGAGACGGAGAACUGAGGACGGAGCUGGUGGCACUAAUUCCAGGUUUUAUCGCUAUCAGCCCCCCCAUCACCAGCCGCUCUCACAGCUGCAACACACAGCUGCACCAUUUGCAUCCUGGCAGCCUGCUCGAGACUCGAGUGGCUCUCCUACAUCCAUCAGAACUGCCGCAGCAACAAGGUCUAACUGCAGAAAUCAGCCCAUAGACUUGGUCUUCAUUAUAGACAGCUCCCGCAGUGUACGACCUGCUGAGUUUGAAAAGGCCAAGGAGUUCCUGCAAGACAUGGUGGACAGCUUGGAGAUCGGCCCAGAUGCCACACGAGUCGCCCUUGUCAAUUAUGCCAGCACAGUGCAGAUUGAGUUUCUACUGAAGACAUAUUUUGACAAGUCUGGCCUGAAGCAGGCGCUGGCCCGUGUUGAGCCCCUCGCUUCAGGCACCAUGACAGGCCUGGCCAUCAAGACUGCCAUGGAGAAAGCUUUCACCGCAGAGGCAGGGUCCCGAGCUGGCUCCAUGAACAUCGCCAAAGUAGCCAUCAUAGUGACAGACGGGAGGCCCCAGGACAAGGUAGAGGAUGUAUCAGCAGCAGCUCGGUCAUCUGGGAUCGAGAUCUACGCAGUGGGAGUAGACAGAGCUGAUUUGAUGUCCCUCCGCCUCAUGGCCAGCCACCCACAUGAUGACCAUGUCUUUUAUGUGGAGACCUAUGGUGUCAUAGAGAAGCUCACUUCCAAAUUUAGGGAAACCUUGUGUGGUAAGGAUGAUGAGAAUGCGAGUGCGGAUAUUCCAUUAGAUGGCGGAAUUGAUGUUUAUGGACUAGGCCUAGAUGGCAGAAAAAACGGUUUGGAUCCAUGUGCUCAGGGACACAAUUGCCAGCACAUUUGUGUCAACAAUGGCAACUCAUACAACUGCAAAUGUCGUGCGGGCUAUGUCUUGAACACGGACAAGAAAACAUGCUCACGUUCAGAUACAUGUUCCCAGAGACAUGACUGCCAGCACAUUUGUAUCAGCAAUGGUGACUCAUACACCUGCAAGUGUCGGGUGGGAUACGUGUUGAAUGCAGACCAGAAAACAUGCUCACGUUCAGAUGCAUGUGCCCAUGGACAUGACUGCCAACAUAUUUGUGUCCGCAAUAAUGACUCGUACAUCUGCAAAUGUCAAGAGGGAUAUAUGUUGAAUGCAGACCAGAAAACAUGCUCACGUUUGGACUCAUGUUCCCAGGGACAUGACUGCCAGCAUAUUUGUGUCAACACUGAUCAUUCGUACAUCUGCAAAUGUCGAAUGGGAUAUGUUUUGAAUGCAGACCAGAAAACAUGCCAACUUAAGAACCUGGACAUUUCAGAAUUGGAUACGUGUGUCCAGGGAAAUGACUGCGACCAUAUUUGUGUCAAAAAUGCAGACUCUUACCUUUGUAUGUGUCACGAGGGAUAUGUGUUGAAUGCAGACCAGAAAACAUGCUCACGUUCAACUACAUGUGCCCAGGGAAAUGACUGCCAGCAUGUUUGUGUAAACACUGAUGAUUCUUACAUCUGCAAGUGUCAUUUGGGAUAUGUAUUGAAUGCUGACCAGAAAACAUGCUCACGUUCUACUUCAUGUGCCCAUGGACAUGAUUGCCAGCACAUUUGUGAAAACAAUGUUGACUCGUACAUCUGCAAGUGUCGUGUGGGAUAUAAGUUAAAUGCAGACCAGAAAACAUGCUCACGUUUGGAAACAUGCGACCAGGGACAUAACUGCCAGCAUAUUUGUAUCACAAAGGGUGAUUCAUACCUUUGCAUGUGCCGUGAAGGAUAUGUGUUAAAUCCAGACCAGGAAACAUGCUCACGUUUGGAUUCAUGUUCCCAGGGACAUGACUGCCAGCAUAUUUGUGUCAGCAAUGAUAAUUCGUACAUCUGCAAAUGUCAAGUGGGAUAUGUGUUGAACGCAGACCAGAAAACGUGUUCACGUUCAGAUGCAUGUACCCAGGGACAUGACUGCCAACAUAUUUGUGUCAAAGAUGGCGAUUCUCACCUUUGCAUAUGUCAUGAGGGUUAUGUGUUGAAUGCAGACCAGAAAACAUGCUCACGUUCUGAUCCAUGUGCCCAUGGACAUGAUUGCCAGCACAUUUGUAUAAACAGUGAUGACUCGUACAUCUGCAAGUGUCGAGUGGGAUAUAUUUUGAAUCCAGACAACAAAACAUGCUCACGAUUGGAUGCAUGUGCCCAGGGACAUGAUUGCCAGCAGAUUUGUGUCAACAGUGAUGACUCGUAUCUCUGCAAGUGUCCUAUGGGAUAUGUAUUGAAUGCUGACCGGAAAACAUGCUCACGUUUGGAAGCAUGUGCCCAGGGACAUGACUGCCAGCACAUUUGUGUCAACAAUGGGAACUCCUAUAUCUGCAAGUGUCGAGUGGGAUAUGUGUUGAACAUGGAUCAGAAAACAUGCUCACGUUCAGAUGCGUGCGCUCAGGGACAUGACUGCCAGCAUAUUUGUAUCAACAAUGGUGACACCUACAACUGCAAGUGUCGAGUGGGAUACGUGUUGAAUGCAGAUCAGAAAACAUGCUCACAGGAAAUGAGAAGUGAAAUAACCCAAGAUGCGUGCAUGUGUGAAGCUCAGAUUGUGUUCCAGAAAAAAGUACAGUCAACCAUUCAGGAGCUGAGCAGAAAGCUUGAUGAACUUUCAGACAAAGUAAACCUGAUUGAGGACCAGCAGCAGUAUUAAGAACAGCGAUGAAGAUUUCAUAAGACAUGUUCAGGACUAGCAGUGCAUAUUUGUUUUUUUUUUUGACCUGCUGAAGUCAUCUUUUAAUAUUUCAGUAAAAAUGUCUAAGAUGGUCUGCAUGGUAUUGAUUACUAAUGCAGUAUACUUUUAGCAUUACUGUUGCGGAUUGUGCAUUUUUCAUUCACAACACUGUUACGUCUUUCAGUAAAGUCAGGUAUAACUGUAUUACUGGUGUAAAUGUUUACAUAUACUUGUAUUUUUUCCUCCUAACAGUGUAAGCCAUUGAGUUGAGACUCAAACUACGUAAGAUACUUUAGGAAGUUAUAGAAUUGAUAGAAGUGCAAACUUUUAAUAAUAUAUAUGAAGAAUUGUUCAACAGUUUACUUUCACAAUGAAUGUUUUUUUGUGGGAAACUGUUGUACCACAUCGUUCUCCGAGAGCAUUUCUUGGUCAGUGUACUUGUAUUCUUGGUAGAACACAAAGCCGCCAUCCAUAACAACUAAUCUCUUAUACAACAAGAGCAUUGUUGUUACCUAUCUGAUUGCAGCACUAUUAAGUAGACCAAAAGAAAGCCUGAUCCAGUUGGUCCUAGCAGUGUUAUCUAUAAUCCUUUCCUUUGAUACCUGAAAUAUUUCAAGAACUGUAUUGCACAACACUGAUUAAUGUUUUGUUUGUAACAGAUAGGUGUGAUUGUUUUGGUAGGAGAGGGAAAACAGUUUAGGGAGUUCAAGAAUGAUUGGACCGCUUCAGUACUUUUCACACUUGGCAAGGCUUGGACCAAGACUUUCUUGUAGCAGUCCUGGCAAUUAAAGUCUUUUUUUGAUGCACUUAAGUUUUGAAACCUUGAGCUAAGAUCAGUUAAAACAGUAUUGUACAGUAUUUUCUUCAUACAACACACACAUGCACUGUAUUUUCUACUUCGUCAUAGCCAUGGAACACAUGUGAAACAAAGUGAAAUGGGUAUUUGUGGUGGGAAACUGAGUUAUGUGCAUGACAUAUUUUGGUGCUCUUGUGAUAGAAAGCAACUUGCCUGUGUAUUUGUAUUGGAAGUAUAGUUGCACAUAAAUAAAUAUUCUGAAACAAUG